UCUUUCCGCGGCGACAUUGAUAGUGGUUCCCGCCACGCUGAUAGACCAGUGGAUCCAAGAGUUUCACAAGUACACCCUGGACAACUACCUCAGCAUACUGGUCAUUCAGAGCAAUCAGGAGUUCCCUCCGCCCGAGGAGCUCUCCAAAUACGACGUGGUGCUCACAUCGCACACGAGGAUCAGCAAGGAGAGAUGCACCCUCAACGGCUACAAUUCGUUCUCCGAGCGAUGCUACUGCGAUUUCGGCGUAAGGAGCGCCACCUGCAAGUCGUGCCAAACUUAUCGGCCUCUGAGCCCGCUCAUGCAAGUGUACUGGCUGCGUCUCAUCAUCGACGAGGGCCACGUGAUGGGCAACAAGCAGUCCAACCAGGCCAAUCUCGCCGCCAACCUCCUGUGCGAGAGAAAAUGGGCCUGCACCGGCACACCCACUCCAGGCAAGCACCUCGCACCCUCAUAUCCCCUGU